CACACACACACAGAGAGAGAGAGACAGAGCCGGGGCCGCGCUCCUGAAGGGGAUGAAUCCUCCGGUUACGGCCGAUCUGGUUUUGCUGCAUGUUAUCGCUCCGGCUCUGGAGGAGAGAGCUGGCGGCUCCAGUUCGGAGCCGGGCUCCGGGUUGGGUUUGAAGCCGUUUUCCGGGAGCCGCCGCCCGGUCCCCCGCUCGCUACAAGAUGCCGCCUGCAAACUGCAACCUUUCGGCUUUCCCGGAACAAAAGGAUCGCGGCCGCAGCUGAUGGUUUUCCGUAACUUAGUGCGGCCGGAGGAUGGGGGCCCGGGCCCGGGGAACAGGAACAGCUCCACCGGGGGUCGCCGGCUCAUGAUCAAUUGUUGCCCCCGGGAUGAAGCUCGCUCUCCCCCCGGUUCCCCGGGAGCUGGAGGCGGCGGCGGCGGCUGCUGCCCCCGGCGGGAGGAGCGGGUCUGCUUCGACCUGGCCCGGGACUUUGGUGACUUCUCGGUAGCGCCGCCGGAAUGGGAGUGCUCGGAGCCGGCCGAGGGGGCCGCGGUGACCGGGGACAGCUCCAGCGGCCGCGGGGCCCGUUCCCCGAGCGAGGAACCGACCGACACCAGCGACGCGGUGCUGGUGCUGGAAGGGAUCGAGCCCGGGAUGGAGCCCCAGCUGGAGGCCGGGGCGGAGAGCGGCUCCCCCGGGGCAGACUCUCCUGCUGCUGCCGCCCCCCCGCAGGCUGCCUCUCCCCGGCUGGCCGAACCGGAGAGCCCCGGGGGGCUGCUCAAGGUCCGGCUGAGCCGCUGCUCCAGCUCCCCCAGCCCCUCGCUGCAGAGAGACGGCGACGAGAAGCUGCUGAGCCGCCUGCCCGUUAAAACCCGCAAGAGCUCCCUGAAAAUCCGCCUCAGCAAACUGUUCCGCACCAAAAGCUGCAAUGGCAGCGGUGACCCUACAGCGAAAAGACAUUCCGUGGAACUGGAUACAUCGGCUGCCUGCUUGGUGGAAAUCUCCCAGCUGCAGGAAGGUUACACCAUCAGAAGCAAGCCCAGGCUGACACGGACACAAAGUGCCUUCACUCCGGUGUCUUUAGCAUCACCUUUUGCAGGGGAAACUGUGUCACUGGUCGACCUGGACAUCUCUCGCCGUGGACCCCCCUCGCCUCAUCUGCCAACACCGCCACCCCCACCCCGUCGGAGCCUCAGUCUUCUCGAUGACAUCGUGGGGCCACAAGCUCUGUCUUACCCAGUGAACCCAGCUGCUGCUAGUUUACAGUCACUGCCUCUCCCACCACCUCCCCCACCUCACACUUCCAUCCAGCUCAGUCUCAGCUUAAACGACACCUUGCAGAGAAACUCGCCUCAAAUUCGGCCAAUGACUGUGCAGCCACAGCACUGCAUGUUUAACAGGAGGGAUUCCAACACCUUUGCAGCCAGUUUGCGGGAACUUGAAAAGUGUGGCUGGUAUUGGGGUCCGAUGAACUGGGAUGAUGCUGAAAUGAAGUUGAAGGGUAAACCAGAUGGUUCGUUCCUGGUACGGGACAGUUCGGAUCCACGUUACAUCCUCAGCCUCAGCUUUCGCUCGCAAGGAAUUACGCACCACACCAGAAUGGAACAUUAUCGAGGAACUUUCAGCCUCUGGUGUCAUCCAAAAUUUGAAGACCGAUGUCAGUCUGUUGUCGAGUUCAUUGAAAGGGCCAUCAUGCAUUCUAAAAACGGGAAAUUUCUGUACUUCCUCCGCUCGCGUGUUCCUGGUUUGCCACCGACCCCAGUGCAGCUCCUUUACCCUGUCUCCCGUUUCAGCAACGUGAAGUCCCUGCAGCACCUCUGUCGCUUCCGAAUCCGACAGCUUGUCAGGAUAGACCACAUCCCGGAACUCCCACUCCCAAAACCUCUCAUAUCGUAUCUGCGGAAGUUUUACUAUUACGACCCUGAAGAGGAAGCCUACCUUUCUCUCCGGGAAGCUCGGCUCUGCAUCACUCACGAACAGGACAUGGACACCCAGACGUAGCUGUCCCAGGAAUAUCGCUUGAACCAUCUGAAACAAGUUGGAGGGUUACCGAGGGCACUGGGAAUGGCACAGUCUGACCGGAUUGCUAUGCCAGGAGCCACUUAUGACAGAGGGAUGCUCGCCGAUUUUCCUGAAAUGCUCCUUAUUCCUGAAGCUUAUUUCAACCCGUUGCUCGCUCCAAAAAGUGGUGUGGUGGAGGGAGGGAAGGAGGAUGCAGUGGGCAAGUGACAGAAUUCCUCCUGGAAUACGCCUGGAUGGGACAGGACAAUCGAAUGACGGAUGAUGGAUUUGCACUUUCUGCUGAGAAAGACUGGUGUUACUAACUUGCAGCUAUUUGCUGGGGAGGCAAAUGUUCUCCUGAAUCCAGAGACGUUCCAGGUGUUUUGUGCUGAGAUGCCUAACUCUGGAUGAAUGCCUGGAAGGGUUAUAUUGCACAAAUUUUGUUUUUCAUUAAUUUAUGGAUUAAACUACUGUUUAUAUUCA